CUUUAAGUGCCCCUAUGACACAAGUCGUGAUUCUUGCGAAAAAGACUUCAUCGUAGACUUCAUCAUUUAAAAUUUUUGAAGCACGGGUGCAGGACGCACUGAACCGUACGAUAACAAGGCGAGAUAAAAACGACCGUGUCUUACAGUACCGAGGGCGACAAAGUGAGGAUGGCGUACGGGAAACUACACGUAUUACCGUUGAGUCUUUUCAUCUUAAUUCCCGUGACGUUCGUGAUUACAUACACCAUAUCGGUGCAAUGGGACCACGUAGUGCCUGGAUUCCCUUACAUAUCGGAGACCGGCACGUUAUCACCGGAAUCCUGCAUAUUUGCGCAAUGCCUGAACAUCGCGGCUCUUUUGCUUGGAUGCUGCGUCUACAUCAGGCAUCGUCAAGUAAUGCAAUGGCAAACGGAGAGAGGUCGCGACCUCGUAAGAAGAAGAGUCGUUGUUGCGACUGCAUGUUGCGGCAUCCUCGCCUGCUUCGGUCUCGACAUACUCGCCAAUUUUCAAGAAGCCCGCGUAGUCGCCGCUCAUAUGGUGGGAGCGAUGACUUGCUUCUCUGCCGGCACUCUCUAUUUCUGUCUUCAGACGUAUGUGAGCUACAAAAUGGUACCAGCCGUGAACGGCAUCAUAGUUGUUUACGUGCGCGCAAUUCUCUCGGCUCUCACAUUGAUACUGACGAUUGCUACGAUCGUUCCUGGUUACAUCUCGAUGUCUGAAUUUCAAGGUAACGAUUACAAGAAGUGGCUGCCGGCGGAGUGGUGGUUGGGCUGGCACGUAGCGAGUACCAUAUGCGAGUGGAUUCUCGCGAUCGUCUAUUGCGCGUUUCUCCUUACUUUCGUUCCGGAAUUUCGAUUAAUUAACUUUGAAGACCCCAUAGUUACGUUAAUGUAUUUGGAUAAAAUCGAGAGCACGAUGACCUCGCACAAAAUGGAAGCGACACCGCCAUAAGAUACGUAAAUUCUUUUCUACAUCGAUUUGUUAGGCUCUCUUCUGCUAUUAGCUGUACUUAGUUCAAACCCCUACUUAAUACAUCUUAUAUAUCUCUGAAGAUUAUCGCAAGGAAAGCGAUAAAUUAACGAAAGAAUAACAAGCAGAAUGUUAUAUGCAUAUUAAAGAAGUAAAAGAAAAAAGUGACAAUA